AUGCGGUUAUGGGCCAUUGCCGACAUACAUUUGUCGUUCAAGAGCAAUCGCGAAGAAUUCGCUAAGCUUCAAUCGCGUGGGCCGGACGAUGGCCUGAUCUUGGCUGGAGAUGUUGGUGAAAACCUGGAAACAUUGAACGAAGCCUUCAGAGUGGCAAAAGGCAAAUUCAAGCAUGUCUUCUGGGUACCCGGUAACCAUGAGCUGUAUACUUCUAAGGUCGCCAAGGAAGAUGAAAUGCAUCUGAAAGGCGAAGCCAAAUACAUGGCCUGCAUCAAAGCUGCGAAGAAGCAUGGUGUACUUACUCCAGAGGACGAGUUCAUGACCUGGGUGUACGAAGAUGACCAAGGAUUUCAAGUGGCGGCCGUCAUCUGCCCAAUCUUUACUUUGUACGACUACAGCUUUCGACCACAAAAUGUAACGCGAGAAGGAGCGUUGGAAUGGGCGAUGGAAGAAGGUAUUCGAGCUACUGACGAGAGCCUGCUAUAUCCUGACCCAUACUCGACACGUGAUGAAUGGUGUGCUCAGCUUGUCUCCGAAUCUGAGACGAAACUGGCCAAAGCUGCAAAGACCGGCUUUCCGCUGGUCAUCAUCAAUCACUGGCCACUUCGUGAGGACACGAUCUUUAUUCCCAAGGUCCCGCGCUUCAGCUUAUGGUGCGGUACAACCAAGACCAAAGACUGGCACACCAAAUACCAUGCCAAAGUGAUCGUGACCGGUCACCUACAUGUACGCAGGACCGACUGGAUCGAUAACGUGCGCUUCGAGGAAGUAAGUUUAGGCUACCCACGGCAGUGGCAAGAAGCCAAGGACGAAGGCCACAACGUGAACACACUGCUACGAGAGAUCCUCCCGGGACCACCAACACCCACGGGAGGGGAAGAGCCAACGACGACUUGGAGAGGUAGAGGCAGAGGCUGGUCGUUAUCGCACGGUCUGGAGGAACCUCUGCGACGCCCCACCUUUGCUGCAAAGGAUGCACCCGAGGAUGCUCUGACCAUGACACCUACUAGUCCUACUGGUCGAUUGGUCUAG